UCUGUGCGGCCCGGGCGCUGUGGGGACUGGAGGCGGCGGAGGCGGCGGCGGCGGCUUUGGGUCCGUGCGCUGAGGGGCGCCGGGGAGACGCGGCCUCGGGGCCGGAGCCCCCCCGGGCGAAGCAGCCGAGCGGGCUGGCGAGGAGCAGGUGCCCCCGCCCCGGAACCGUUUCUCACUCCCGGCUGCCUCCUUUGCCCCUCAGGGAGCGCCCCCCGGCUCGCCUUGGGCGCGGCUCUGAGGUGAAGUGGGCGACUCCCUGCGGGGGGCGGGAAUCUCACGGGCGGGCUCGCCAGUCUGAUCUGGGCGGGGAGAGAAAUAAAUCAAGACCCAACUCCCCCCCCCGGGGAAGAACCUUAGAGAAAAAGCCUCUCAUUAUGGCACCAUCUGGAAGAAAGCAUGCAGGGAAAGCUGGUAAACCAAUACAGGAAGAUCAAGCCUUAUGUGCCUAUGACUUUCAGGAAGAGGAAAAGAAAAACUUGAGUGGAUCAGAGGAAGAUAUUAGGGAAGGUGACACUCCAGUAAUUGACAAACAUGGGAAAAAAAGACCUUCAGUGACUCCCAAUGCUGUACUUGAAGAAGAUGUGGGGGGUGAAGUACAGACUAUGUUGGAACGAUUUGGAGCUGACAUUAACAAGGCUCUCUUGGCUAAGAGGAAAAGAUUAGAAAUGUAUACUAAGGCUUCUCUUAAAACCAGUAACCAGAAAAUUGAACAUGUUUGGAAAACACAGCAAGAACAGAGGCAGAAGCUCAACCAGGAGUAUUCCCAGCAGUUCCUGACUUUAUUUCAACAAUGGGAUAUGGACAUGCAGAAAGCAGAGGAACAGGAAGAAAAACUAGCGAAUAUGUUUCGCCAGCAACAGAAGGUUUUUCAACAAGCAAGAAUAGUUCAGAGUCAGAGACUGAAAACAAUUAAACAGCUGUAUGAGCAAUUCUUAAAGAGUAUGGAAGAACUAGAGAAAAAUCAUGAAAACCUUCUAGCAGGUGCACAAAAUGAACUUCGCAAAGAAAUGGCUAUGUUGCAAAAGAAAAUCAUGAUGGACACUCAACAGCAAGAGAUGGCAACUGUUCGCAAAUCUCUUCAGUCCAUGUUAUUCUGAUGGCUCAGUGAAGAAACAACUUGCACCUAAGUAACAUGAUACAAUUAUAGCCAUUAGCAUGGAAAAAUAAGUCUGUUCCUUUAAAAUUCCAAUUUAAGAGUACCUAUUAAUCAAACAGUUACAUGUAUUAUUUCAAUAAUGUUACUAGUGAAAUUGAUAGUCAUAUUUUUUCAUGUUCUUAAUGGAAGAGAUUGCAAACUGGAUUCUUUCCUCAGAAACUAUUACUAUGUCUUUAAAAUGUCUGCUUGAAUUCUCCUUAACCUCUUUGCAGUGAGAGUUGCUUUUCUAACACUAAGGCAGUAUUAUAAAAUACAAGAUUAUAGCAGUAUGAAGGUUAAUAGAGGUUUACCUCUUGAAACAGGUGAAUAUGAAUCUGUGUACCAUACGCAGCAGUAAUGCAAAAUGGAUCACAAAAUUCCACCAAUAAUGACAUCACAGGAUUAAAAGGACACAUUAAAAACUUGAUGCUGUUAUGCAAAAAUGUACCUUUCCAACUUUAUAAUUGUGAACUAAAGAAACCACCAAAAUAAUCCUAGGUUGUGUGUGUACAUCUUGCAUAUUUAGCAGGAUAACAAACUGGAAAGUUUAGGAAUUGAAAGUAUGGUACACACGAAUUACAUUUCUUUGGUACUUUAGGUUAUUAGACUACAUCUUGUUAUUUACUCUUUUUCUGUUCUAGGCACUAAUGGUUGAGGGUUUUUUAAAGUAUCAUUAGUAGCCUUAUUAUAAGCUGUACAUUGUACUUUACUGCACUAACACGGACAUACAUUUGCCAAGAUGGCAAGACUUGUUAGUCAUGUUAAACCAGGUAUUUUGGCUUUACAGCAUAGUGUGCCUAAUUGGUUUAAUUAAGCCAAAUUAAACAGUUUAUAACACAGUCUGCAGUGAUUAUUGAUAACACUACACAUCUAUAUACUAUCAGUUCCCGUGUACCAUUUUGGAAGAGAUACUAAAGCAGAUGUCCAUCUCCAGAGCUGUAGCUGGAAGGGUAGUUCUUGCUGCUUUUUGAAAGAAUUAGCAGUUUAGUGAAGAUUAAGUUUUUAAAGUAAAUUCUUUAUAUUUUGUAUAUCACAGUACAGUGAAUUCCGAUUUACUUUACAACCAGGUUGGAGUUUUCAUGCAUUUGUUUUACAGAAAACCACUGUAUACACAUUCAUUUCUUACAACUUAGGAAAUCCCUGAAAUAUUUUCAACAUUUGGAUUUAAUAC